AUGCCUUCCACUAAAUCGCAAAAAGUCGCCAAGGCCGCGAAUACUGAUGAUGAUGCACAAGGAUUCGUCAAGCAGCAGAACAAAAUGUUGGAAGCAGUCAAAACUCGUCAGGACGAAGCACGUUCAAGAAUCCGCAGAAAUCGUUCCAACAGGCAGAAGGACUUGCAGGCGCGCAUCAGAGCCCUGAAGCGCGGUUCGUCAGCCAAACAACUCGGGAGCAACGCCGACGUGCCAAGUCUUGACCACACGGCAUUCGAAGCCCUUCGAGACCUGCUCGCUCGCAAGACGGAGAUUGAGCAACGUAUCGCUAAAAGCAUCGAGACCCUGGAAAAGGUCAUGAACACGACCUCAAACGAGUUCCAAGCUGCCCUCAGAUCGCGGUCCGAGAAUGCCAAGACUACGACAAUGCCCGCCGCUACAAGCGCUGCAACUGGAACUUCAAGUGCCCUGAUUGUAAAACAAUAA